AUGAAACUUAGCAAGGGACUUCGCUCGAACGUCAGGUUCCCGAUAAAGAAGAGCACCCCCUUCAACCCUUCUCCAGAGACGAGAGAACUGUCCUUCAUCGCCUCUCUUUCCCAAGUGAGCACCUCUCUCCCUUCCUCUCCAGGCAGACCGACCUCGGUCACCCGUCACCCGCCCUCCCCAAAUCCCGCUGGGGCGCCCUUAGACUCAGGGAGACCAGCCCCACACACGCGGCUGUCGUCUUAUCAAGCCCGUGCCCAGCCUGUAGGUGCUAAUGGACCCCAUGCCCAGCCUGUAGGUGGUAAUGGACCUCGUGCCCAACCUGUGGGUGGUAAUGGACCCCAUGCCCAGCCUGUAGGUGGUAAUGAACCCCGUGCCCAGCCUGUAGGUGGUAAUGAACCCCGUGCCCAGCCUGUAGGUGGUAAUGAACCCCGUGCCCAGCCUGUAGAUGGUAAUGGACCCCGUGCCCAGCCUGUAGGUGGUAAUGGACCCCGUGCCCAGCCUGUAGGUGGUAAUGGACCCCGUGCCCAGCCUGUAGGUGGUAAUGGACCCCGUGCCCAGCCUGUAGGUGGUAAUGGACCCCGUGCCCAGCCUGUAGGUGGUAAUGGACCCCGUGCCCAGCCUGUAGGUGGUAAUGGACCCCGUGCCCAGCCUGUAGGUGGUAAUGGACCCCGUGCCCAGCCUGUAGGUGGUAAUGGACCCCGUGCCCAGCCUAAGGGCAGUAAUGGACCCUUUACCUGUCAGUGGGUGAUACUGGGGCAAUAUUUGAGGGACCGGAAACCUCCACACAGGGACCGGAAACCUCCACACAGGAACCGGAAACCUCCACACAGGGACCGGAAACCUCCACACAGGAACCGGAAACCUCCACACAGGGACCGGAAACCUCCACACAAGGACCGGAAACCUCCACACAAGGACCGGAAACCUCCACACAUGGACCGGAAACCUCCACACAGGCACCGGAAACCUCCACACAGGGACCGGAAACCUCCACACAAGGACCGGAAACCUCCACACAGGCACCGGAAACCUCCACACAGGGACCGGAAACCUAAACACAAGGACCGGAAACCUCCACACAGGCACCGGAAACCUCCACACAGGGACCGGAAACCUCCACACAAGGACCGGAAACCUCCACACAAGGACCGGAAACCUCCACACAGGCACCGGAAACCUCCACACAGGCACCGGAAACCUCCACACAAGGACCGGAAACCUCCACACAAGGACCGGAAACCUCCACACAAGGACCGGAAACCUCCACACAGGGACCGGAAACCUCCACACAAGGACCGGAAACCUCCACACAGGCACCGGAAACCUCCACACAGGGACCGGAAACCUAAACACAAGGACCGGAAACCUCCACACAGGGACCGGAAACCUCCACACAGGGACCGGAAACCUCCACACAAGGACCGGAAACCUCCACACAAGGACCGGAAACCUCCACACAAGGACCGGAAACCUCCACACAGGCACCGGAAACCUCCACACAAGGACCGGAAACCUCCACACAGGCACCGGAAACCUCCACACAGGCACCGGAAACCUCCACACAAGGACCGGAAACCUCCACACAGGAACCGGAAACCUCCACACAAGGACCGGAAAUCUCCACACAGGGACCGGAAACCUCCACACAGGAACCGGAAACCUCCACACAGGGACCGGAAACCUCCACACAAGGACCGGAAACCUCCACACAAGGACCGGAAACCUCCACACAGGGACCGGAAACCUCCACACAGGGACCGGAAACCUCCACAGGGGGACCGGAAACCUCCACACAGAGACCGGAAACCUCCACACAGGGACCGGAAACCUCCACACAGGGACCGGAAACCUCCACACAGGAACCGGAAACCUCCACACGGACCGGAAAACAACUGUUGCACAGUGAAGCCAAUAUUCGGAGCUCACCGUCAUACUAUAUAUAACCUGCUGUUGGAAAUGAAAAUAAUUUGGGAAAGAUGUUGUGAAGCCCCGCCACGUCAGGCAGUGUAUAUAGAGAUCUCUCGCGUGUGUUGGAUGAGGACCAACAACUAG